AUGAGCCACCACAGCCUCCUCGUAGUUCCUGCCCAAACCGAGGAAGAAGCUGAGACGCAGACGCUGGACGCCUCCGACAACAGCGUUUGGCGUUUCAGGGGAAGCGACACGGCAGCGAAAGCCUCCAGAGUCACGAUGAGAGUCGUCGUCUACAAGCUCUUCGACCUCUGCACCCUGGACGUCAAAAAGCCUCUUUUACCCCUCGCACACGGUGACCCUUCUGUGUACCCUUGCUACCGUGCCUCCAUCCACGUUGAGAACGCCCUCGUCGACGUCAUCCGCUCCGGCAAGGGUAACUCUUACGGCCCCGCCGCAGGAAUUCUCCCCGCCAGACAGGCGGUCGCGGAUUACGUGAACCGUGACUUGACGAACAAGGUAACGGCUAGUGAUGUAUUUAUGACGGUCGGAUGCAACCAAGGGAUAGAAUUGGUGAUUCAAUCGCUAGCUCGACCAAACGCAAACAUCCUUCUCCCACGGCCUAGUUACGGUCACUACGAGGGUCGUGCCAUCUACAGUGGACUCGAGGUCCGCAAGUACGAUCUCCUUCCAGAGAACGAAUGGGAGAUUGAUCUCCAAGGCAUCGAAGCCAUGGCAGAUGAGAACACUGUCGCAAUGGUUAUUAUAAACCCUAACAACCCCUGUGGAAAUGUCUACUCUUACGAGCAUCUCAAAAAGGUGGCGGAGACGGCUCGGAGGCUGGGAAUAAUGGUGAUCACCGACGAAGUUUAUAGCCAGACAAUCUUCGGAGACAAUCUAUUUGUUCCAAUGGGGAUGUUUUCUUCGAUAGCUCCGGUUAUCACGUUGAGCGGUAUAUCGAAAGGAUGGAUUGUUCCUGGUUGGAGAAUUGGCUGGAUCGUUUUCAAUGAUCCACAAGGCAUUCUCAAGUCCACUGGGGUGGCUCAAUCCCUCCAGCAGAAUCUUGACAUAUCUCCAGACGCUACCACAAUGGUUCAGCUAGCGCUUCCCGAGAUUCUGUUGAAGUCGAACAAAGAGAUGUUUGCGAAAAAGAAUUCGAUACUGAAACAGAACGUGGAGUUAGUCUGUGAUAAGCUCAAGGACAUUCCUUGUGUCGUCUGCACCAAGAAACCUGAGUCAUGCACUUACUUAUUGGCGAAGUUGGAGCUUCAUUUGAUGGAGGACAUAAAAGACGAUAUGGAUUUCUGUAUGAAGCUAGCCACUGAAACAAACCUCGUCCUUUUACCAGGAGUGGCUUUGGGAUCCAAGAACUGGAUAAGGAUAACAAUCGGAGUAGAAGCUCAGAUGCUUGAGGAUGCAAUGGAGAGGCUCAGCGGCUUCUGUCAACGCCAUCUCAAGAAAACAGAGACUUCUUUCCAAGCUCUGAAGCUGAGUGAGAAUGGCGAAACCUAA